CCAAUACGAGCAUGUGAAACGACAUGUCGGCGGGGGAACCAUUAUGUCGUUUUGGGACUGGACGUUGAAUCUGCUGCCACUCUCAUCAUCAGUCUCGGUCUAGCGCAAUCAAGAAAGAACCUCCAUAGGCAUGGACAUGGGCAUUGGCAUUGGUAUUGGUGCUUGAUCUUCCCGUCAAAGCUUCCUCCACACCAUUACUAGGGUUUCAGGCCCCACUAGGCGAACAUGUUCAGUCGACCCUGAAGUUUGAACGCCACGACCCAUCCACCAUGAGAGCUUCCCUCCUUUUCCUCCUCCUCUCGUCGCUCCUCAUUUUGCCUCCUCAACCCGCCCAUUCAUGGAAGAAAGACGAGUUCAGGAACUGCAACCAGACCCCAUUCUGCAAACGCGCCCGUGCUCGAAAACCCGGUACCUGCUCCCUGAUAGCCACCGACGUCUCAAUCUCCGACGGCAACCUCGUCGCCAAGCUGAUCGACAAGAAUCCACAAGACCUGGCAAAUGAUCAAGAAAAUUCUUCAGAUCCGGUCAAGCCCCUGAUCUUGACCCUCUCCGCCUAUCAAGAUGGCAUUUUGCGAGUCAAGAUCGACGAGGACCAGACCCCGUCCCCACCGAAGAAGAGGUUUGAAGUCCCCGAUGUUAUCCUCCCUGAAUUUGACGCCAAGAAGCUGUGGUUGCAGAGGCUGUCCAAGGAGAAGAUUGGCGGCGACCCAGAGCUGUCCUCGAUUGUGUACUUGAGUGACGGGUAUGAGGCGGUGCUUAGGCAUGAUCCUUUCGAGGUCUACGUGCGUGAGAAGUCUAGGGGGGAUAAGGUACUAUCCAUGAACUCUCAUGGGUUGUUUGAUUUUGAGCAGCUGCGAGUGAAGAAAGAAGGGGAGGAUUGGGAAGAGAGGUUCAGAGGGCACACUGAUACCAGACCCUAUGGCCCUCAAUCCAUUAGCUUCGAUGUUUCCUUCUAUGGGGCUGACUUUGUUUAUGGGAUACCUGAACAUGCCACUAGCCUUGCCCUUAAGCCGACCCGUGGCCCCGGUAUCGAACACUCUGAACCGUACAGACUGUUCAAUUUGGACGUCUUCGAGUACAUACACGACUCGCCUUUUGGAAUUUACGGGUCUAUUCCCUUCAUGCUUUCCCAUGGGAAAUCGAGAGGGACUUCUGGGUUCUUUUGGUUGAAUGCAGCCGAGAUGCAGAUUGAUGUUCUUGGUGAAGGUUGGGAUGCAGAUUCAGGCAUUUCACUCCCAUCUUCAGGGAAUCGGAUCGAUACAUUUUGGAUGAGCGAGGCGGGGAUCGUGGACACCUUCUUCUUCAUGGGCUCUGGGCCCAAGGAUGUCGUGAGGCAGUAUACAAGCGUAACUGGUACCCCUGCAAUGCCUCAGCUCUUUGCCACAGCUUACCACCAAUGUAGGUGGAACUAUAGGGAUGAAGAGGAUGUAGAGAAUGUAGACUCGAAGUUCGAUGAGCACGACAUCCCUUACGAUGUCUUAUGGCUUGAUAUCGAGCACACCGAUGGGAAAAGGUACUUCACCUGGGACCGGGUUCUGUUCCCGAGCCCUGAGGAGAUGCAAGGGAAGUUGGCUGCCAAGGGAAGGCACAUGGUGACUAUUGUCGACCCUCACAUCAAGAGGGACGACUCAUACUUUUUGCACAAAGAGGCGACCAAAUUGGGGUACUAUGUUAAGGAUGCAACUGGGAAGGAUUAUGAUGGUUGGUGCUGGCCUGGGUCCUCAUCAUAUCCUGAUAUGUUGAAUCCUGAGAUCAGGUCGUGGUGGAGUGAGAAGUUCUCCUACGAGAAUUAUGUAGGAUCCACCCCCUCAUUGUACAUUUGGAAUGACAUGAAUGAGCCUUCUGUGUUCAAUGGUCCCGAGGUGACGAUGCCAAGGGACGCUUUACAUGUUGGAGGUGUAGAGCACCGGGAUUUACAUAAUGCAUAUGGCUACUACUUCCACAUGGCAACAGCUGACGGGCUUGUAAAGCGAGGAGAUGGAAAAGACCGUCCUUUUGUUCUUUCAAGAGCAUUUUUCGCAGGGAGUCAAAGGUAUGGAGCAAUCUGGACCGGAGAUAACUCUGCAGAUUGGGAUCACCUCAGGGUAUCUGUUCCCAUGGUGUUGACUCUUGGUCUGACUGGAAUAACAUUUUCUGGUGCCGAUGUUGGUGGGUUUUUCGGAAAUCCUGAGACUGAGUUACUAGUUCGCUGGUAUCAGCUUGGUGCCUACUAUCCAUUCUUCCGAGGACAUGCCCAUCAUGACACAAAAAGACGGGAACCUUGGUUGUUUGGAGAGAGGAACACAGAGCUCAUUAGAGAAGCAAUCCAUGUUCGAUACAUGUUGCUCCCAUACUUCUACACAUUGUUCAGAGAGGCAAACACAAGUGGUGUUCCACUUAUUCGGCCUCUGUGGAUGGAGUUCCCUUCUGAUGAAACCACUUUCAAAAAUGACGAGGCCUUCAUGGUUGGGAACAGUCUUCUGGUCCAAGGCAUCUUCAUUGAGCAAGCUAAACAUGUAUCGGUCUACAUGCCUGGAAAGGAAUCCUGGUACGAUGUCAGGACUGGAGCCACAUACUCUGGAGGAUCGACUCACAAGUUGGAAGCUUUGGAAGAGAGCAUUCCGGCUUUCCAGAGGGCUGGAACCAUCAUUCCCAGGAGAGAUCGGUUCCGUCGCAGCUCUACACAGAUGGCCAAUGAUCCAUAUACCCUGGUGAUAGCGCUCAACAGUUCUAAGGCAGCGGAAGGGGAGCUCUACAUUGAUGAUGGCAAGAGCUUUGACUUCCAUCUAGGUGCCUACACCCAUCGGCGUUUCGUGUUCAAAGAUGGAAAGCUAACAUCCUCAAAUGCGAAUACCGACUCUUCUGGGAAACUAAGGUUCAACUCUGACUGUGUCGUCGAGAGGAUAAUAAUUCUGGGACAUGCCGUGGGACCCAAGAGCGCCCAUGUCGAGCCAGAUAAUCGGAAUGUAGAGAUUGAGUUUGGGCCACUUCAGCUUCUUGGAAGGACUGGGCCGGUUGUGUUGACCAUAAGAAAGCCCGGUGUUCGGGUUGCUGAUGAUUGGUCCAUAAAAAUUUUGUGAGAACCUUGAUUGGUUGACUUAACCAAAUUCAUCGAUUCAGUGUCGGGAACUAGGGUUCUUGUUACUCGGAUAGAUGUCUUUUACCGAAUGUGAAAGAUUUGGUCUUUCUUAUUUUGCCCCUUGAAAUUCUAUCGGUUGGUCUUCUUUCUCCUCUUA